AUGGAGCAAAGGAACCAGAGCAGGAGAGUGAGUGAGUUUGUGUUGCUGGGCUUCCUAGCUCCUGCACCACUGCGGGCACUGUUGUUUGCCCUUUCUCUUCUGGCCUAUGUAUUGGUGCUGACUGAGAACACACUCAUCAUCCUGGCAAUUAGGAACCACUCCACUCUCCACAAACCCAUGUACUUCUUUCUCACUAAUAUGUCCUUCCUGGAGAUCUGGUAUGUCACUGUCACUAUUCCCAAAAUGCUUGCUGGCUUUCUUGGAUCCAAACAGGGUCAUGGACAGUUAAUCUCCUUUGAGGGCUGCAUGACACAGCUCUACUUCUUCCUGGGCCUGGGAUGUACUGAGUGUGUCCUUCUCGCCGUCAUGGCCUAUGAUCGCUAUGUGGCCAUCUGCCAUCCUCUCCACUACCCUGUCGUUGUCAGUGGCCGACUGUGUGUGCAGCUGGCAGCUGGCUCCUGGGCUGGAGGUUUUGGCAUCUCCAUGGUCAAAGUGUUUCUCAUUUCUCACCUCUCUUACUGUGGCCCCAACAUCAUCAACCACUUUUUCUGUGAUGUCUCCCCCUUGCUCAACCUCUCAUGCACUGACAUGUCUACAGCUGAGCUUACAGACUUCAUCUUGGCCAUUGUUAUCCUGCUUGGGCCACUCUCUGUCACUGGGGCCUCCUACAUGGCCAUUGUUGGUACUGUGAUGCGCAUUCCCUCCGCUGCUGGACGCCACAAAGCCUUUUCCACCUGUGCCUCUCACCUCACUGUUGUGAUCAUCUUCUAUGCAGCCAGCAUCUUCAUCUAUGCCAGGCCCAAGGCACUCUCAGCUUUUGACACUAACAAGCUGGUCUCUGUGCUCUAUGCUGUCAUCGUACCAUUGCUCAACCCCAUCAUUUACUGUUUGCGCAACCAAGAGGUCAAGAGGGCCCUACGCCAUACUCUGCACCUGUACCAGGGCCAGGAUGGUAACACCGGGAAACCAAGCAGUAAUGAGUAA